GCGGGCCGUACGCUGCCAAACGCGCACUGAACUUGACCUUUGGUAACACAUUUCGUACGCAGCCACGUUUAGCGCGCGCGUGCCGUUCGCGCGGUGGGUGUGUUGCGUUUGCGGUCGCUUCGGUGAGAGACCAAGGUUCUGAGGUUUUACUCGUCAGCAAACAUAAGCUGGGAUGUCGGAGCGUUUUGUGUAUUGCAACGGGUUUUUCUUUAAUACAUCCUGACGCGAUCAUUCCGGUAUCAAGAACCUAUUGGAUCGGAAGUAACAGUGCCAUUGGCCUCAGUGCCAGGUAACAGUGACUUCGUUCGCAGACAGGAUGGAAGUGUGCGUUACACUAGGAAUUGCAAACCCGACAUAACUCAGAUACUGAAGCGUACCAAGCCGACACUCGCGUGCUGCUGGCAAAGAGAGAAGCUUCACCAGCGAGGGAUGAACUUUGCCGGAUGCUGUGAGAUACCUGCCAUCGUCAUGCACGAUCUAGUACUCGGGUCUCGGGUCGUGUUCGUGCUGAAUGUGGGAAGUGGUUGCGAUAAAAAAAGCAAACAAGUACGGCGAUACGCGUAUGCCUUAAAUUUUCGCUUCCAGCGUAGUGCGAAGAUAAAUUCUAACAAUUGGGAGCAUUCGUUUACAGUUAAUCUGUUAUAUUUGAGCUGCUUCAAACAUCCUUCAUCGGAAGCGUCCCACUGUUCCCUGUUGUCAUGGUAAUCGCUACUCCGGUGGAAGCUGUACAACCACCAUCUUCGGUUUGUCAACAACCGCUUAUAAUGUAGGUUCGAUCCGGUACCCGGUAAUACCCACUGAGUACCGUGUACUGAGGGAUGAUGCAGACAAAGGAUGUUGAAGUGUUUGUGUUUUUACCCCGCAUCCUGGGCGCGGGACGGGUGAGACCCUCGUUUCGUGUACGCGUCGCCUGAUGAACCUAGUAAACGCAGACAGAAGAGCUGGCAAUCAUCGUCCUGACGACGAGGUGCCUCUGUGAGAGAGAACAACAGAGAGAAAGGAGUGUUCGAUGAAAUGAGCGAAAGAGCGAUAAAGCGUCCUCUUCGGCCAUACCUUGUUCGGCGAUGUUCAUCCAACGCGAAACCACAUCGCUAGUAAACAGUGAGUGGCGUGAAGGCUGUCUGCGUUUUACGGGGUGUGUUCUACUGCGUGCGUGCAGCAUCCGGUUACUCCGGGGCAGUGUCAGGGAGCGUGCCUGCUGUCUAGGAAAGGUAUUUUAUCAGCAGUCCGCCAUCUGUUACAUCCAGUCGUCGGCCGGAGCCUGUACCGUACGGACAGACUCUAGAGGGCAAACAAGCGGGCAGCACAGCGGCAUUCGGGAUGAAAGCGAAAGUGGCGAUGUGUUUUCCGAUGCACGAUAGUGUCGCAGAGUGUUUGAAACGCCACUCGUCGCCGAAAGCGUUUGCUUAAAGACGAUGUACUAAUAGAGCCAUAGAGUGUGAGUUCGUGCACCGUCGAGGUUGAUGAAGUGUCAUACGGUUUGGUGUAGUGGAUGAAGGACCUCAAACACAUAUCGCCGGAAAGCAGUGUUUUGCAGUGUUUGGGCAAAAGGAAGUGCACAGACCAAAAGUGCAAAGUGUAGAAAAGUUUUGUUCGACAAUUUUCGUGAUAAAAGUGGCCUGUUUUUUUUUUGGUUUUGGAUUACACUAGUGAACGAUUAGGGAUGAGUGGAUGAGUAAACUGAUGGGAAGGCUAGAAUUCCCUUCUUUACUAGAAAAUGUUGCUUUUAAACCUCUCCUCAUGCAGAAUACAUACAUUGUUUAGUAUGAGUGAAUUAUAGAACAAGGUUUAUUUUCGUGCUUGAACAUGCGUGAAGCAAUUUUAUGAUAUUCUGUAGUUUCCAGAACGUCUUUCUUUAUAGCCUAAAGCAAUGUUUUUAAUGAUUGCUUCUUUUCUCGCUCUUCUCAAAGAGUUUGGGAAGUAUAUCUUUAAUCAAUUUUCCAUUGCGAGUUUGUAGUACAAAUGCACUCUUUUUGGACGAACAUUGAUGUCUUCAAAGCGAUCAGUUAUUAAUUAACAACCAUUGCAGCAGCUGUUGUGUAAAUGGAACCUAAGAUCCGUAUAUUUCAUUGUUACGCUGCCUCUAUUUGUAAUAACAGUAGUUGCAGGCAAGCCGAAUCUAACAGCGGUCGGGUAGCACCUCAAGCGCAUAAAUAGUUAAUUGUGUUAUCCUUAGAAUGAGCAGAUUGAGUUGGUUGAGUGCGUAAUUUAGCAGUGUUUGCUCAACGUCUCAAGGAAGAGAGUGAACCUGCGAUGGAUUAACCAUUUACGUGCAACAAUAUUCAUCACUGUACGAUCACAUCCAUCACAUCACAUUGCAUCGUCAAUAAAAGAGGAAGCUAAAGCUGCUUCCACGUACAGUGCAUCUUGCAUCUGUUGAAUGGAGGCAUCACAUCACAGUGGCCCGUACCGUGAGUGUAACGAACGAGUGUGGUGGAACUAUCGACAGUACAGACCGUGAACGCAAUGGCGUAGCGUGUAAAGUGUGUCACGAGACAGGAACAGACAGUGUGGCGUAAAGUGGCGGUGUAACGGUUCAACAGCUAGCUAUUUAGCCCCCCCCCCCCCAAACUGUUGGUGUUCGAAACGCAGUGAGAAUGCUGGUGCAAUAAUAAAGUGCAGCCUCAUUUUCGGCCGCUUGCCCAUCCGUGCGGCGGAAUGCGUUAAUUGGACGUCACUAGGAUAACAAGCGCAACAGCAUCGAGCUACUUUGGCUCGGGCCACUGCAUGCACCGGGCAGCAGCUACCUUGCAGUACCGUUUGUCAGCCCAGCCACAGCAACGACCCUGCCCUCACCCAACCCCGACCGAACCGUCCGAAACAUGUUGCAGCAGCGAAGAUGAACGACGCUCCUAACGAUGUGGCAGCCAGUGCGGUCGACUACGAAGAUCUGAUGGCACCAUGGGCCUACAAUGCGUCCGCCGUCACACUGUUCUUUAUUGGAUUUUUUGGCUUUUUCCUCAACCUGUUCGUGAUAGCGCUGAUGUGCAAGGAUAUGCAGCUAUGGACACCGAUGAACAUCAUAUUAUUCAAUUUGGUCUGUUCCGACUUUUCCGUGUCGAUCAUCGGCAACCCGCUCACGCUCACAUCCGCCAUCUCGCAUCGCUGGAUCUUCGGCCGGACGCUGUGCGUGGCGUACGGGUUUUUCAUGUCCUUACUGGGAAUAACCUCCAUCACGACGCUUACCGUGCUGUCGUACGAGCGGUACUGCCUCAUCAGCCGUCCCUUCUCGUCCCGGAAUCUGACGCGCCGGGGAGCCUUCCUGGCGAUCUUCUUCAUCUGGGGCUACUCGUUUGCCUUAACCUCGCCGCCACUGUUCGGCUGGGGUGCGUACGUACAGGAGGCAGCUAACAUCAGCUGUUCGGUAAACUGGGAGUCUCAAACGAAAAACGCCACCACGUACAUCAUUUUCCUGUUCGUGUUUGGGCUGGUCGUUCCGCUAAUAGUGAUCGUGUACAGCUACACGAACAUCAUCGUCAAUAUGCGGGAGAAUUCAGCACGCGUCGGGCGGAUCAAUCGGGCCGAACAGCGCGUCACCUCGAUGGUGGCCGUCAUGAUCGUCGCGUUCAUGGUCGCCUGGACGCCGUACGCAAUCUUCGCGCUGAUCGAACAGUUCGGCCCGCCGGAGCUGAUCGGCCCCGGGUUGGCCGUGCUGCCGGCGCUCGUCGCCAAAUCGAGCAUCUGCUACAACCCGAUCAUCUACGUCGGCAUGAACACGCAGUUCCGGGCGGCAUUUAGCCGCGUGCGGAACAAGGGCCAGCAGGCGGCGGACCAAAACACGACCACGAUGCAGCGCGAGCUGACCAAGAGCAGCCGGGACAUGGUCGAGUGCAGCUUUGACUUUUGUCGGAAGAAGAGCCGCUUCAAGAUUAGUCUGGUGAAGCCGACCGCACCGUUGGCGGUGGUGGACGUAUCGAGCACGUCGCACCGGGACAAGGGCACGAGCCGGUCGCCCCUGGAUCAAACGGUGCUGAACGAAACGAACGAGGACGUAGGGCGGGAACGGAGUGGUGGUGGUGGUGGUGGUGGUGGUGGUGCUUAUGCCGGCACACGCUUCGUACGGCCGGAUUUUGAACUGUCUGUGAUUAAUAGUGGAAAAUCGAUUCUAAUCAAGUCGAAGAAUUUUCGGUCCAAUUUACUAUAAAAGCGCACGUGAUAAAGAAUGAAUAGACGCGGGGAGGGAGAGGAAUACAAAUGGGGGAGCAAGGUCGUAUCAUUAAGCACGCUAGCGAGUAUGUAGUGCCAUUUCUUUACAUAGUUUAUGCAAAAAAGGUGUCAAAAUGGAUUUCAAAAAAUGUGUCCUAUUGGAGAUUAUUGUUUCAUGUUUUUGGUUGUUUUGUUUGCUUUAGUUUCCUAUCGCUCGGUAAAAGAAUGAGCCCACUUUUGCUGAGCGAUAGCUUUACGUUCCUAAGUUUACUUCUCACACCACACCAAUUGACACAACCGUACACAUAUGUACACCCAUUCGUAGUGCAAUGCAAUGAAAACAACGAUGAGCUUUUAGAAACGAGACACUAAGGUAAGCGGAUAAGAAACAAAAUACCAAGCCCACCAAACCGAAGAGAACGGAACGGAGAAAUUAAUAUCCACAUAGCGAGUUAACUUACUAGAAGUAGCUAACUGUAGCGUAUUGUAAUGUAAUGUUAAAUUUUAACGAAUCGUUCACAUUUUAGCCAACACAGAUUAAUGGGAAACAAUUAAUGGGAACCACUCCACUGAUUUAAAUGGUUUGGAAUGAGGAAGCAACUGUUAGCACAUUUCGUAAAUGUGAUUAUAGCGAAUUGCAUGGAUUGUGAACGCUGGUCAGCCGGGAUAGCAGUGGAUAGUGUAAACAGUACUGUAGCCGUUUUAAGACACAAGAGUGGACUAUUUACCGUGCGUCCCAGACGCAGCCAACCCUUGUAAGAAAAAUAACAAUUACCCCCCCAUAGGUAGUGUUCUAGGUAAGUGUAAGUUUGAUCAAAAUGAAACCAGCGUUGCAAUUUAUUCAAUCGCCAGAAUGUUAUAUUUUUCGAAUUGGACAAAUAAAAAUUAGUCGAUAAA